AUGAACGCUCUCGUUAAACUGUUUGGACUCAUGGGAAUUACCUCAGAGCGUCCCUCGGGUAACAUUCAGGACGACUACCAGCUCCCAGAGAGCUCUCCUGAUAUGACCUCCCUCGCUUGCCCUGAAUUUGGUCUCGAUUCAAAGACUGGCUUCCUUCCUACUCAAGUACCAUUAGCGCGACUACCUGCCGCCUUCAACAAAUGGGAAGACGCACUUCAGCAGGCCAUGGUCAUCCUGAAGCGCCCGGGUGACUCCGAUGACCCACCCCCAACUGACGAGGAAAGGGAGCAAAGUUCGCGAUGGAGGGAGAACCUGAGAACAAUGGAGGUCAUCAGCAUUGAUCCACUCCAAGUCGACCUGAGAGUAGCCCAGCGUGCCCAUCAUGUGCUUGCUUUCCUUGUUCAGUUCUACGUCCAGUCCUUGCCACCCCGGGCUGAGACGGAACUCGGACCGAUUCAUAUCCCUCGUAGUUUGGCUAUUCCGUUUGUGGAUGUGUCAAGGUACCUGGAUAUUGCCCCUAUUCUUACUUAUGCUGAUUGUGUACUCUGGAACUUUUACCUUGAGGACCCGAGCAAACCGCUCACUCUUGAGAAUAUAAGGAUUCGGGAUUUGUUCACCAAAGAUUACCAAGAGGAGCAUUUCUUCUUGACCUCUGCCCGCAUCGAAAUUCGAGGAUUCGAAGCAAUUCAGCUCAUGGGUGAUGCGAUUGCCAUGACUCGCAAGGCGCAAAAUCUGGAUGUUGUAGUCGACGAAAUACGUCUGCAGAGUAUACUCGCACGUUUGGCUAUCGUAAUCGACGACCUGAAUCAGAUCUUGUGGUCCGUAAAGGAUGCUUGUGGUUAUCAAUUCUUUUACUGGGUCUUUCGUCCUGUGAGUAGCCUUUUCCGUAACGGCUAUGGAUCUCCCAAGUGGCUCUACGAAGGUGUUGAUGGUGAAGGGAUUGAAUUUCAGUGCUCUGGUCCUUCUGCUGGCCAGGCUGCCUUGAUGCACGCUUUUGAUGUAUUCCUUGGAAUCGGGCACCCUCAGAAGGACGACCGAUACUCACCAGCGUGCACCGGGAUGCGUAUCCACCCAUCAUACGAUCCCCAUGGCAAUAGUCAAGCGUGUCCUGCUUCCUCGACAUCUUCCGCUUCCACAAAUGCCUGUCCGGUCACUGGGGAAUCGUCUCCUUCUUUUGCUGACAUUUCGGACGAACUGCGUUCAUUUUUGCUCGAAGAAGCAGCUUAUCCUACUCCGCCCGCCGAAAAGACAGAAUUGUCGAUUACUUUGCCCCUCAAGCCCCUCUCUUUAGAGCGCUCGCUAAAUUUACCGACGCCCCCCAGCUCUCCUAUGAGUCGCCAAUUUGGAUACAUCUUCAUCGUCCGCAUGCGUAAAUACAUCCCUGGAAACCAUCAAAAGUUCCUUCUGCACCUAGCUCAUUCGAGCGUCCGUCCUCACGUUGCCGUUUGCGCAAGUUCUGGAGUUCGGCGCGCAUACAAUGACUGCGUGUGGGCGAUCAAGCGCUUCCGAGAUACUCACAUCAAGAUCGUUACCCUAUAUGUUAUUCACCCGGCCCGGAGUAAGGUUCUCGUCAAAGAUACUGACUCCGAAAGCGCGCCCGUCCGAGGUACUGGCGGAACUAGCCUCGUUCCCCUACUCAAGGCAUACCGCAACAACACCGCCAACACUAUGUUUCAAACCGAUUGA